AUGGCCCUGACUUACCCUAAUGGACAAUACCGGUACUGGAAAAGUCAGAGUUCUCCUCCCAAGUCCGCUCGGAUCCGAUGUCGUUUUGUAUCUGGGCGGCCAGAGAAGGAGCUGACAGGCUCGGACUUCUCCCCCGCCACCCUGGAGGACGCUCCAGGGAAUCUGGGAGCCCAAUUUUUCGGGGCUCAACAAGUAUCCGAGGGAUACGUUAGUCUGUUGGGUGGACGAACAGUCCUUCCUGGUGACCCCCCCCUGAGUUUAACCCUAGAUCAUUGGAAAGACGUUCGGAAGAUCGCCUCCAACCAGUCAGUAAACGUCAAAAAGGAAAAAUGGCAAACUUUCUGCUCCGCAGAAUGGCCCACUUUCAAUGUGGGCUGGCCAAGGGAUGGAACUUUUAACCUCUCUACUAUUUUACAGGUGAAAGCUAAAGUGUUUGAUCAUGGCCCACACGGACACCCAGAUCACGUCCCCUAUAUAGUUACCUGGGAGAGUCUGACAGUCGACCCGCCACUCUGGGUUAUUCCUUUCAUUCCUCCUCAACCUACCCCACCGCUGCCUAUCCCUGCCCCUACCUCCUCCUCCUCUUGUUGUCCAGUUGAUACCAAGAAGCCCCUAAAACCAGUACUUCCCCCGGACCCCAACACCCCUCUUAUAGAUCUCCUCUCGGAGGAGCCCCCUCCCUAUAGAUCUCAGACCCAAGAUACCCCUAGUCACCAGCCACCGGCCCCUUCGGCCCCACCCGAGCUCCCUUCCCCAGUGGCUGGACUUCUGAGGAGCCACCGAGAGCAGCCACCUAAGAAGGAGACUUCACAAGCCUUUCCCUUGAGGCAGGGGCCAGGGGAACAGGUUCAAUAUUGGCCCUUCUCUGCCUCAGACUUAUAUAAUUGGCAGACCCACAACCCGCCUUUCUCCAAAGACCCUACUGCCUUGACUAACCUGAUUGAAUCUAUCUUAGUUACCCAUCAACCCACUUGGGAUGAUUGCCAACAACUCUUACAGGCUCUUCUUACGUCAGAAGAAAAGCAGAGAGUCUUUCUGGAAGCCCGAAAAAAUGUUCCAGGUGAUAACGGGAGACCUACCCAGAUACUAGAUGAGAUUAAUGAUGCUUUUCCUUUGACCCGCCCUGACUGGGAUCACACCUCAGCAGACAGUAGGGGACACCUAUGCCUUUAUUGCCAGUUGCUCAUAGCAGGCCUCCAUGGUGCUGGGCGUCACCCUACUAAUUUGGCCAAGGUAAAGCAAGUAAUACAAAAACCAGAUGAAUCCCCUGCUGCCUUUCUAGAGAGAAUUAAGGAAGCCUAUCGCAUGUACACCCCCUAUGAUCCGGAGGAUCCUAAUCAGGGGGUAAAUGUGUCCAUGACUUUUAUCUGGCAGUCUGCCCCAGAUAUUAGAAAUAAACUUCAAAGAUUAGACAAUUUACAAGGACAGUCUCUCCAAGAUUUAUUA